AUGAAGGAUUUCAGUGCAGUGUCCCCGAAAUUCUCCCCAUCAACAACCGCUCCGUCGACAAACGAAAACACCACGGCGAUGCUCAGCCAGAAUGCUUUGAUGCAACAAUUGCUCAUGGCUCAGAACAACGUGAACGGUGGCCGGGACGAUUCGACGACAAGUAGCCGCGAGUCGAGCUCGAAACGCUCCAAUGGAGUUCAGAAUGGUCACUCGGAGACAACGGUGAGCGGUGAGUGGGUGAACGAGCAGCAAUCGUACUCGAUUUCGAACAACACCCCGCAAAUGUUGCUGAAAUGCGCCGAGUGUGGGCUGGGAAAGAAUAGCUCGGAGGAAUUGGAGGUUCACAUCAAACAAGAGCACCUGCAAUGGUUGCCCUUCCAAUGUCCGAUUUGUUUGAACGAGCGUGCAUCUGAUGCUCAAAUGCGUGAACAUCUCUACUCAGCGCACAAGAAAAACAUGAACAAAUUCAUCUACGUCGACAACGUGCAAGCGAAGAGGAAUCUGCAGAUCUUGAUGGAUCGAUCGUUCAACCACGCGAUGACUCAGGGCUCCAACCCAUCAUCCACCACAAACUCUCGUCGUGGCCCGCUUGGCGCGUUGAAUGGCCGAUCGAACGGGCUAAUGGUCAACAAUUUGGCCACACAGUUGAUGGCACAACAAGUGAAAGAACAAAAGGAUAAUAAGGAGAUUGUUUCGAUCAAUCUAAACGGCACCUCUGACUCGAACUCGACAAUUCGAAGCCAGUCACCCAGAAACACUUCAUUUUCUCGGAAACGUGAUCACGAUUCGGCGUUAAACGGGAAUCUCUCGAUUGGCAGCAGCAACACCGAUGCGCUUUUGGCACAAAUUGAGGCAACCACUGGCGGCACAGGAAAUGAUGAUGAUUAUGAUGACGCGCUCGGGCAUCUCGCGAUGAUUUUCACGAAUUCGAAGCGAAUGAAGAACGAGGGAAGCAACGAGGAUGAUGACUUGAGACUCUCUUCUUUAAACGAUGAGGAUUGCUUCUCAGGAGCCGAUCCUAGCUCAGUUCUCGACUCUCUUUUCGCAAACGUUUCAGCGGUUGUGAAUGGCGGUGACAACGCGACAAACGACGAGUUCCACAUGAACACCAAAUUCGGGAAACACUCGCCAUUGAUGACAAAAAAGCGCGUGUUGGGCGAAUGCUCGAAAUGUCAGAAGCCAGUGACAGCCGGCGCCCGCCAAAUGCACAUGUUCUACCAUUUGGGAAAAGAUCAUGGAAUUUUCCGCUUCCGAUGCAAAUUUGAGGGAUGCAACAUUGAGCAUUAUCGCAAGGAUCAAAUGGAAAAUCAUCACAGCAAGGUUCACGGCCGCAUCGACCCGGAAAUGAUGGAGGAUCGCUCGCUCGAGCUCUAUCAACGCUGUCAGGACUUGUCGAUGGAGUUGCUGGGGACGAACAAUUGCUCGCCGGGGCCAACAGCAGCCAAAGCAGAGAUCGCCUACAAUGCACAACUCGUCGAACAGAAAAGGAAACAUUCCGAGAAACCUCGGCGAAAGGAGGGUACUGAAUCGACUUGGCAAAGCAAGCCGAUUCCCGACGACGAGCACCCGUUGGUGUGCCGGAAAUGCAAGAAAACGAUGCAAAAUCGGAUUCGCGGCUUUCACAUUCUUUGGCAUUUGGCUAAAGAUUUGAACAUCAAUCGGUACACAUGCAAAUUCUGCGAUUUUGGACAUGAUCGCUCACAAAGCGUACAAACUCACGGCAAACGCGAGCAUCAAAACGAGGACUGCGUUUUAGAUCGAAUUGAUGAAUACGAUACAGAGAUCAAGGAAAUGUCAGAAAGCUGUUUCGGUAUUCGGGCGCUUUUCUCUCAGGAAAGCCGUCGCAGGAGCAAGAUCCCGUUGGCUUCGCGUGACGUCGUCGAGGAGAGCAACAGUCGAGGGGAGAACAGUGCCGGAGGAUCGCCAUCUGGGGAUGACGUUGAUGAGGCUGCAGGUGUCUCGGUGGUGGUUGAAGAAAACGAAAACGAAGAAGAGCCAGUGAAGACCACAUCCUCGCGUUCCGCGCCCCGGCGUCACUUGUCGAAUCGCCGCUUUGGAAUGCGGAAAGCGAUUGGGCAAAAGAAGCGUCAAGAGAUGCAAAAAUUGAGGGAAAUCAGUCUCCGACUUGGCGGUGCGCAAUAUUUCAAGAAGAAAGUCAACGAGGCCGCCCAUUGUGAUAUUUGCGGAAUGUUGCAGCACUCGCGUCUCUCCGAGCACGCCUACAAGCACUUGAAUGUGCCACUUUUCGUGUGUCCUCAUUGUGACUUGGGCAAUUACUCCCGUGAAACCGUCGUAAAACACAUCAAGGAAAUGCAUGACGAUGGUGGACAUCCGGUUGAUCAGCGCUUGAAAUACGCACAAGAGAUCAAGAAUAUGAUCGGCAAGUGCUAUCCAUCGUUUUUCGUCGAUGCGCCCAUCCCGACCGUUCACGAUAUCGAGAAAUUAAAAUCACAACUCGGUGACGAGAUGAAAAACGCGAUCGCCGCUGAUGACACCGAUAGUGAUGGGGAUGAGGGAUCAGUCGAUAACGAGGACGAAGCUCAAGAAGAUGAUCAA